UAGAGCUGUAGCCUCGGCUGGCUACUCAACUACAAUACAUGUUGAGUUCACCAUACAGCAACAUUAGAGCUGUAGCCUCGGCUGGCUACUCAACUACAAUACAUGUUGAGUUCACCAUACAGCAACAUUAGAGCUGUAGCCUCGGCUGGCUACUCAACUACAAUACAUGUUGAGUUCACCAUACAGCAACAUUAGAGCUGUAGCCUCGGCUGGCUACUCAACUACAAUACAUGUUGAGUUCACCAUACAGCAACAUUAGAGCUGUAGCCUCGGCUGGCUACUCAACUACAAUACAUGUUGAGUUCACCAUACAGCAACAUUAGAGCUGUAGCCUCGGCUGGCUACUCAACUACAAUACAUGUUGAGUUCACCAUACAGCAACAUUAGAGCUGUAGCCUCGGCUGGCUACUCAACUACAAUACAUGUUGAGUUCACCAUACAGCAACAUUAGAGCUGUAGCCUCGGCUGGCUACUCAACUACAAUACAUGUUGAGUUCACCAUACAGCAACAUUAGAGCUGUAGCCUCGGCUGGCUACUCAACUACAAUACAUGUUGAGUUCACCAUACAGCAACAUUAGAGCUGUAGCCUCGGCUGGCUACUCAACUACAAUACAUGUUGAGUUCACCAUACAGCAACAUUAGAGCUGUAGCCUCGGCUGGCUACUCAACUACAAUACAUGUUGAGUUCACCAUACAGCAACAUUAGAGCUGUAGCCUCGGCUGGCUACUCAACUACAAUACAUGUUGAGUUCACCAUACAGUAAUGCUGCAUUCAAGCACACUGGUGAUCCAUGCAGUCUAAAAACAAUGAAAAUAUGUGAUGUUACAACCACCUAUUGCUACGUUUUUGUUAUUUGGAGUUAUUAAAAUACUUGUUGAUUUGGGUUGCAUCCUAUUAUGCACAUCUGCAAGCAUAGCAGCUAAGGCUGAACAGAUAUGAUUGAUCUCCUUUGUUUUAAUGUGUUAAAAUGCUGUAUACAGCAUCCUAUGUACAUACAGUAAGUGGACUUUAGAAAGGGACGUAUUUUUUUCAAACAAUGACCAGUUUGGGUUGCAGUUGCAAGUUUCUUUUGUAAAAAGAAAUGGGUUAUGUGUGGCCUGCGAAUUCAUCAUUUUUCAAUAUGGCCCAUGUGCUGAUUCAAUUUGACAUCCCUGGGCUAUUUAUUUAGCAAACUAAGAACAAAGAGCCUAACUCCCGUGAUAUUUACAUAUUUACAGAAAUCCAUUCAGCUGUAUUUUGUGGCGAAUGCAUUUUAAUGAUCUGAAGUUGAGCUGUUGCUACUGCCUGUAAACACACUCGAUAUGUAAACACACAGUCCAGUUCAAAGGUAAUGAAGGCAGGUCCAACUGUCUGUAAACACACAGUCCAGUUCAAAGGGAAUGGUGGUAGGCCCAUGUGGAAAAUGGCUUAUUUGCAUAUAGGCCUGCUGUAGCUCUGAUUGGCUAUGGUGCACAGGCUGAUUUGCAUAUAGGCUAUGGCACCUAUCUGUGUUGACUCCGGUCCUGGACAAGACAGGUGGUUUUAUUUACUGCGGUGUCUGAUCAUUUUCCAAACGCAGGGUCCCUUUUCCACUACAUCGCUAUAGAAUUUUCUCUAAAUGCCUUACUAUACGUCAUUCCCAAACAUUCUAGGAAUUUAUGAAAACGUGAAAAUGGCCAUAUAAAUGCUCGCUUGUCAGAAAAUGUAAUAAAAAACGUAAUUAUUCCUGGGGGUGUAUAUGAACAGAUUUAUCAGAUUUCAUGUUGCUAAAACGCUGUCAGUUCCACUUUAAAUACCUUUUUUAAAAAUGUGUGUUUAUUUUAAGAUGAGGCGCCUUGAAUCCAAAUUGAUGCGUUUGAGUUCAAGGAAGUUAAAACGAUUUAAACGCCGUCUGACGAAGAAGUAUCACAUCGAUGUGAGGAGGAUGGAAGUGAAAGCCAUUGUGUCAGUUAUGACAGACACAUAUAGAGGAGGUGCUCGUGACGUUGUGUCCUCAAUUCUAAAACACGUCAAAGGUCGGCGUAAACGGAGACAUAGACGGCAGGGCAAUGAGAACGAUGGGAGUUCGACCUCAACUGCCAUUAACGAGGAGGUGGAUGACCAACAGGCGAUGGAAGUAACACUGCUGUCUGAGGACCACCAGGCUGGAAGAGCACUCGCUGAACAUACUUCCAUCACAGCAGCUAAUAGAAGCAACAUUUUUGCACCAAUAACAACUGGGAAUUCAGUUCAAGGGGACCUGAACGUUUAUUAUGACCUUAACAGGCUGACAGGCGUGGACCCUGGACUGGAGAUGGUUGACCAGAUGACACAACCAAGACUGGUGCCACUGAAUGACCAGAGCAAGAAGAAAGAAAACACCAUUCGACUCAAAGAUCAGAUCAAAUUAGCCCUUAAGAAGAAGUCCAGGAGCAUACUAGAGGGUUUGGCACAAUGUAAAUCAGCCCUUAACAAGGUCUACACUGAGACUUAUAUGGUCGCUUGUGAUUCUGCCACCGUCAAUAAAGAACAUGAGGUGUGGCAAGCUGAAACCGCACAUCUCCAAGACACCUCGGGGGCCUCCGGCAUAAAAUGUCAAGAUAUCUUCAAGCAUGACGAAGAAGAAGAACCCAUCAGAUGUGUGGUGACAAAGGGAGUAGCUGGCAUUGGGAAAACUGUGGCAGUCCAGAAAUUCAUCCUGGACUGGGCAGAUGGGAUAGAGAAUCAACAUCUAGACCUUUUAAUUCUCCUUUCUUUACGGGAUCUAAAUUUGAUUAAACAUCGGCAAUGCAGCUUGCAUGGACUUCUUCAGGUGUUAUACCCUGAACUUAAGGACAUAGACAUAAAGAUGUAUGAUGACCAUAAGAUUCUGUUCAUUAUUGAUGGCCUGGAUGAGAUCCAACUGCCACUGGAGUUUCAAAAAAACAUUCCUAUAUCUGAUGUGUCAGAGUCUGCUACCCUGGACGGUAUACUUACAAACCUCAUCACUGGCCGUCUUCUCCCUAAUGCUCUCCUCUGGAUAACCUCUCGUCCAGUAGCUGCCAAUCGGAUCCCUCCAGAGAGUCGUGAUCGAGUGACCGAGAUCAGAGGGUUCGGUGAUUCACAAAAGGAUGUGUACUUCACAAGGAAAAUCAGUGAUCCGUUGAUGGCCAGUCGUAUCAUCUCAGACCUUAAAUCAACCCGGAGCCUCUACAUCAUGUGCCAUGUACCGUUGUUCUGCUGGAUAGCAGCAACUGUUUUUCAGUAUAUCCUGGGUAAAGUCGGCCUAAAGUCUAGAUCUUUACCUACAACCCUUACUGAAUUGUACAUCCAUUACGUAGUGAACCAAACAAUUGUCAGUUUUAAGAAGUACGAUUCAACUCAUGAAGAUGACAAAGAAAAUACUUUGAAGCAAAACAAAGACGUAAUUUUCAAAUUGGGACAGCUAGCCUAUCAGAACCUGUUAAUUCACAAAGUGCAAUACACAGAACAGGACUUGAAGGACUGUGGUAUUAGUGUCAUGGAUGCUGCUAAAUACCCUGGCCUAUGUACUGAAGUUGUACAAUCAGAGCAUGGACUGUAUCCCAAGAAACGGUACUGUUUCAUACACCUGAGUGUUCAGGAGUUCUUUGCUGCUCUGUACGCAUAUCAUGAAUUUGAAAACCGCAGGUUUGACUCAGUGAAAGCCUUAAUCAAAAAGAAGAAGGGAAGCACUUCCAUUGAUUUUUUAUAUUUUCUCAAAGGUGCCCUGGACAGUGCAUUAGAUAGUAAAAAUGGACACCUGGACAUUUUCACACGCUUCCUUUUUGGGAUCUCUCACGACUCCAGCCGAGACCUCCUUCAAGGACUUUUGGCAGAGACACCCAGCAGUUCAGAAUGCAACAAAAAGUUAAUUGGAUACAUCAAGAUAUUGAAAAGAAAGUCCCUCUCCCCAGAGAGAUGCAUCAACCUGAUCCACUGUCUGCUUGAGCUGAAGGACCACACCAUACUGCAGAAUGACAACCAGGUAUCGUCCUCAGACACGCCGCUAACUCCCUUUCAGUGCUCUCUGUUGGCAUUUAUCUUCAUGUCAGAGAAGCCUGAAGAGUUUGACUUCAGGAAUAAACAAACUUCGGAGGACGGUUUCUACAGACUGUCUCCUGCUUUGCAGUCUUGCACUACUGCACUGCUCAACUGUUGUCACAUGACACCACUGCUAUGUGCAACUGUGGCCUCAGUUCUCCGAUCUCCAAAUUCCUGUAUUACAGUCCUGGAUCUGGGCCACAACAACCUGGGCAAUGGAGAGGUGAAACGCCUUUGUGAUGGGCUGUGGAACGCCAACUGCAAGGUGAAAACUCUGAACCUCAGCCACAACAAUGUUGGAGAGCAAGGUGUUAAGGAACUCUGCAAAGUGCUGAUUCGUCCCACCUUGAAGCUUCUGACCUUGGACCUCAGCUGCAAUGACCUUGGGGACGUGGGGUUGGAGUCCCUUGCUUUUGCCCUCUACGAGCGUUGCACACUGCAGGAACUGAGACUAUCUGGCUGUUUGAUCACAUUGCCGGAGACCGUGUCCUCUGUACUGGUCAUAGCUUUGAGGUCCGACCCCUUCCAGAUGAAAGAGCUGGAUCUGAGCUACAAUCCCCUCGGAGACAUUGAAUUGGAUUUCCCUUUUCAGCUGAAGCUGAACCUGGAGCACCGAGGAGAGAGCAGGAAUAAACCAGGUCUGCAGAAAUAUGCAUGUGAACUCACACUAGACCCCAGCACAGCGAACGAUUUCCUCGUUCUGUCUGGGGGGGGCAGGAAGGUGACGUGCCAGAGGACGGAUCAGAAGUAUCCCAUCACCCAAGACAAGUUUGAUAAAUGCAACCAGGUGCUGUGCAAGGAGAGCCUCGACAAGCGGCAUUACCUGGAGGUGGAGUGUCUACACAGUGUUCACAUAGGCAUGGCCUACAAGGGAAUCGACAGGAAAGGAACCGGUGACAACGUAACACUAGGAUGCAAUGCCAAUUCUUGGACUUUGUACGCCUCGAAGUAUAAGGGCCAUACCCAGCACAAAGACAUGCUACACAGGUUACAGAUCCCCCAAAUCAAAGCACAUGUGCCCUACAGAGUAGGAGUGUUUCUGGAUUGGCCGGCCGGCACGUUGUCCUUUUACAUGAUCGACCAAUUGGGCGCACUGACCCAUCUGUAUACAUUCCACACCACAUUCACUGAGCCUCUUUAUCUUGGGUUUGGACUGAACUCUCCGACCGCAACCGUUCAUCUCUUAUAGUCACAG